UUAGAAGGGUGUGGUUGGUGUGUUUAUAUUUGUAGCUUUGGAAACUGAGUAUCCUUUAUUCUGAUCACCCAGCUCCUCAGGCAAUAGUAGGAAACGAAAACAAACAGCUGGGGUAUCCUCUGAGAUCACCAUGAGUGACACAGAGAAGAAUGCAUUGAAAGUGAAGCUUGAUUGGCUUCAAUGCCACUUCACGUGGACUCCACAGACAGAAACCAUCGACUGGGAUGAUAUGAAACAAAGAUUAGAAGAUUCAAUACAGGCUGGUGUAAAAUAUCAAGCCAGGUCUUACAACCAUCUCGCCUUUAUAAACUGUCUGCAAGGAAACUGUGAAGAGGCAAUUCAGAAUUUAAAGGAAGCUAAAAGGAUUCUGAGGGAGAGACAUGGAGAUGGAUUUGAGAAAAGAAUCUUGGUCACCUAUGGAAACUAUGUCUGGGUUUAUUAUCACAUGGACCAACUGGAGGAGGCUCAGUCCUACCUCGACAAGCUGGAGACAGUCUGUAAACUAUUUCCUGAAGCCUCUCGGUUUACAGCAAUGAUACCUGAGCUUUAUGGAGAGAAGGGCUGGUCACUGUUGACUACAGCCGCUCAAUAUUAUGAAGAGGCAAAGAAAUGUUUUACAAAGGCCCUGGAGAAAGAUCCUGACAACAUUGAGUGGAAUGUUGGCUAUGCCACUGCUCUGUAUCGUCUGGAAGGAUUUUCUGGAACCCCAGGGGGUCACAAAUCCACUGAAUCAAUAAAACAGUUUAGACGUGUGCUGGAGCUAGAUCCUGAUCAUGCUGAAGCCAUGGUGCUGUUAGCUUUAAAACUACAGGAAUUCAAUCAAGAGGAGGAAGCAUCCACAUUAGUUGAGCGAGCAUUGCAGAGGUCCCGACAUCAUCCAUAUGUACGUCGAUACGCAGCAAAGUUUUACAGAAAAGCCAGUAAAAUAGACAAAUCAUUAAAGCUGCUGAGGGAAUCAUUGGCAAAUACCCCAAAUUCUGCCUUCCUGUACCAUCAAAUAGGUCUAUGUUACAAAAGCCAGCUAUUGCAUAUGAUCAAAGCUUCAAACAGAAAUAACCCUCACAAUUCUACCAAUGGAAAGAAAAUGGACUUGAUUAAUCAAUGCAAGUACUAUUUUAAAAAAGCAGUUAAGCUCAGGCAAUCAUUUAUUAAUCCACAACUGGAUCUUGCAGUAAUAUAUUCAAUAAAUGAAGAGCUUCAAGAAGCAGAGAAGAUCUACAGUGAUCUACUGGAACUGGAAGAUAUUCGUCCCGAGAAUAAGCAAGCAAUACGUUUACAGGUUGGGUUAUUCGAGCUGAAUGUAAAAAAAUCCAAACCAAACGCUAUCAUCCACUUUGAGGAAGUAAUGCAAGUGAACUAUGAUUCACUGGAAAAGGAAAGGUGUCGAAAAAUCUUGGAGCGGAUAGCAAAACACUGAUUUCGCUGGAAUCCCAGAGACAGUAAGGCCUUUGGUCUUCUCGGGUUCAAGUAUAUGGGAAGCAUCGUGACGCUAUUGAAUACCAUGAAAAAUGCCUUGGAGUUUGAUGCUGGCAAGGAAGAAUAUCUAAGUGCUCUUUGUGAAUUAUGUCUUUCCAUCGAGGUCAGAAAUAACCAUUCCGGUGAAAUACGUCCUUCCAUUUAAUUUAGCAGUGACCUUUCCAGAUAAAACUAAAGAUGAAUUAAUACUCUAUUCUUCUGGUACCCACUUUACUUUCAUUCUCCUUAGAACUUUCUAAUUAAGGAUUUUACUCGUGUUUUUAGUUUUCAAGCAAUAAUCUGGCUGCAAUUAUUCUAAACACUCACGCUUUGUUCAUGAAAUGCUGACCACACUGGAUUCACCCAGUAGCAUUUGUUUCUUUAUUCUUAUACAUUUUGUUGUGUGUGGAAAGAGACAAAAUAAAGGGGUUUGGAGGAAUUUGAAUAUAUCGCACUGAUCAAACAGUCUCAAAAGAUAUAUAUAAAAUAUAGAAAUUUUAUAAAACAAUUAGAAAUAGUAGCUGGGCCGGAUUUUAAAUCCAGUUAAGUUUUGGAGCAGUGUUAAUGUAAAAAUUCUCUAUUUGCUGCGGGUAUCAGGCUCUGGGUAAUAACCAAGCCUCAUUCUUUGUGUCACCAGUCUAUGUUCAGUACGUGCAGCAUGCAGAGAGAUAUUUUAGUGGGAUUUAUAGGUCAAUCUACAGUUUACUAGUCCUGAUUAGUUUCAAGAUCCAUUCAACAUACAAAGCCUUCCAAAACUGAUUAAGUUUCACUAACCAAGUACAAAAAAAUUACACUUACAAAAAACAGGUUUGUAAGGUAACGAUACUAUCGCUUAAAGAGGUGUAUUUUGUCCUGUUUUCUUUAAUAAAGAGAGACUGAGGUAGACAUGCUGAGUGGACUGCUCCAAGCCAGUAAACAAUAGAAACAGCAUAAAUGGAUGGAGUCAGGCUCCCACAGAACAAGGAUUUCAGUUUUAGCUUUCAGCAGUUGCUGGAGUCUUGAGGCUGGAUGUGGAAGCUGUUAUUCCUCUCUAUGUUACAAUGAAAAGCUGGGGUUCUCUCUUAAGUGAGAAUUGCAGGUGGGAUAAUCUGUUUUACUGAAUUUGCCUUUGCCAAGGCUGUGUAUAUGCGAUGUUACUAUAUUGGAACAGUUGCUGUUUGUAUUUACA